CGCGCUUCUAUCACGCUACCGGCGACGCCCGCCCCGGCGUUUUUUUUCUGCCCUUCCCAUGUUCACGUCGACACGGGCAUCACACUGUUUUAUUUAUUUAUCUUUUCGUCCCUCAUGUGUGUAUGACAUGUGAACGGAUGACUUCACGCGCGCGUGUGUGUGUGUGGGCGUGGAGGGAAAUGUCAACGCGAGAGGAGGAGAAGCCUGGAGCUGAAUCCAGUGUGUAGCUAGAGGAUAAUAUCUGUGGAGGAAAUACAACUUCAGCGCUGCAAAACGCGUGUGAUAUAUCUGAGGAACUAAGUUGUGAACCUUUGCUGUGUGCAGUUAGCUGAACUCGGGAUAUUUUAAGAGCUGGAGGUCAUUUCUUUUAGCUCUCCAAAACGAAGACGCUCAGCCUCCCUUCCUGGAUGUGAAGCAAAGUGGGCAGCGACGUUUAAACAUCUUGAGACCACUGGACCUACAUUUUAGAAACUCAGCAACCUCCGGCAAUGAUGUAGACUUGACAACGGUAUUGUGAUGAUGAUGAUGAUGAUGAUGAUGAUGAUGAUGCAGGGCUGCGCACGGAGGCGGAGCAGCGACUGACUCUCUCCUUCUUUUCACUACACCCGGCACUCUAUGUCUGUCCUGAUAAGGCAGACAUAGUGCCAUGUCCUCGACCACACCCACCGCAGCCCCGCCCCUUAAGAAGGGAAGGAAGCUGGAGAAACACGAGGUGAUGACCGAUUUGGUGCCGACCACCAACGAGGAACUCAAGAGUAAACUAAUGGACAGCCAGGUGGAGCUGCAGCAGGAGCGGAACAAGGUUUGUAAGCUGCGUGAGCGACUCCAGGAGCAGCGGCAGGCUCGGGAGCUGGAGCAGCACAAACAUGCUGUGGCGCUCACCGACCUGCGCGCCAAACUCCAUGAAGAAAAGAUACGGGAGAACACGGCCGCCCGCGAGACCCUGGUACGGCAGCAUGAAUUCGAGCUGGCCCGGGCCAUCAAGAUCCGGGAGGCAGAGGUGCAGAGGCUCCAGGGGCUUGUGAACGCACUGAGAGACGGAGCUGCUGACAAGCUAAAAAAUGCUCUUCUGGCAGAGGCUCGGGAGGAGGCCAGGAGAGCUUUCGAUGGGGAGAGGAUAAAGCUACAGCAGGAGAUCCAGGAGCAAAAGACAGCCAGGAAGCAGGCCGAGGAGGCUCUCGCUAAUGCUCUGCAGGCCGAUAAAGCCAAAGCAGGAGAUCUGCGCACGGCCUACCAACAGCACCAGGAUGAGGUGCACCGCAUCAAACGGGACUGUGAGAGAGACAUCCGCAGGCUGAUGGAUGAGUUGAAGUCGAAAGACCGGGUGAUGGGUGCUCUGGAGAGGGAGCUGGGGGUGCAGGCCGGCUACGCCCAGAAGCUUCAGCUGCAGAAAGACGCUCUGGACGAGCAGCUGGGUCAGGUACGAGAGGCGGAGAGAUACAACCACGGCAGCCCCAAGAGAGAGCUGAUGCCUGUGCUGGGGGACAACCCAGAUCUGCUCAACAACCAGGAAGUGGAGGAGCGCGACAUGAGGAGAUUCCAGCUGAAGAUUGCAGAGCUCCACUCGGUCAUCAGGAAACUGGAGGACAGAAAUGCACUGCUGGCAGACGAGAGGAAUGAACUAUUAAAGCGGGUGCGAGAGGCCGAGAGCCAGAUGAAGCCCUUGUUUGAGAAAAACAAACGGCUGUCCAAGAAGAAUGACGACCUCCUGCAAACACUGCAACGCAUGGAGGAGAAACUGAAGAACCUGAGCCGAGACAACGCUGAGAUGAAGGAAAAAGCUGCCUCCUCUCGGCCCCCCCCACAGCAACAAGGCAUUCAGUCCCAGCUGAAGCGGCCAAGCUCCCUGACAGACCUGAGCCAUGCCCACGAGGAACAGGAAGUGGAGUUCCUCAAGCUGCAGGUUUCUGAGCAACGUGGCAUCAUUGACGAGCUCACGCAGGAACGUGACCAAUUGGUGAUGUGCAAAAAGAACAGAAGGAAACCUCUCAAACUGUCUAAAAGGCAUGUUGUGGAGACGUAUUUUGGAUUUGAUGAGGAGUCCGUAGACUCUGAGACCUCCUCUCUGACCUCCUACAACACAGACCUCACUGACCGCACACCUGCAACUCCAGAGGAAGAUCUGGAAGAGACUUUUUCCAGAGAAGAGUCGGAGCUUCGUUUCCGUCAGUUGACCAGAGAGUACCAGGCCCUCCAGCGGGCCUACGCCCUCCUCCAGGAGCAGACGGGGGGCUCUCUGGAUGCUGAGCGGGAGGCCAGGACACGUGAACAGCUCCAGACUGAGCUCAGCAGCUGCCAGGCCAAGAUGCUGGACCUGGAGAAGGCCCUGGCCGAGCGGGGGCAGGAUUCAAAGUGGGUGGAGGAGAAGCAAUACAUGCUCAGGACAAACCAGGAACUUCACGAGAAGAUGUGUGCGUUGCAGCAGGCGGAGUCGCGGCUGCAGGCCGAGGUUCAGGACGCCCGGGAUCAGAACGAGCUGCUGGAGUUCCGAGUGCUCGAACUGGAAGAGAGGGAGCGCAGAUCUCCUGCCCUCAAUUUCCACAUGUCUGCGUUCCCAGAGAACAGCAGCAGCGCCCUGCAGUUCUACUGCCGCCAGCAGGGAGUCAAGGAUGUAAUCAUUCCUGAGCUGAUGAAGAAGCUGGAUAUCCUGGGGGAUAACGGGAAUCUCAGAAAUGAGGAGCAGGUGGCAGUAAUCCAAGCAGGGACUGUGAUAUCACUGUGUGAAAAGUGGCUGAAGCAGAUCGAUAGCACAGAGGCCGCCCUAACACAGAAGAUGAUCGACCUAGAAAAUGAAAAGGAGCUAUUCAGCAAGCAGAAGGGAUUCCUUGAGGAAGAGUUGGACUACAGGAAGCAGGCCUUGGAUCAGGCUUACAUGAGGAUCGAGGAGCUGGAGGCCACGCUGUAUAGCGCUCUGCAGCAGGAGCAGCCGUCAUGCCAGGCGGUGGCAGAGUCGCUGACAGACAGGCAGAGGGAGGAGCUGAGGCUAGCCGUGGACAAGCUGCGGCGGCAGAUUCUCCGGCAGAGCCGGCAGUUUGACAGUCAGAUCUUACAGGAGCGCAUGGAGCUCCUACAGCAGGCCCAGCAGAGAAUUAGAGACCUGGAGGACAGGCUUGAAUUGCAAAAGAGACAAAUAAAGGACAUAGAGGAAAAGUUUUUGUUCCUCUUUUUGUUUUUCUCUUUAGCAUUUAUUCUUUGGCCUUAA